CUGUGUUCCCGCCAUUAUUGCAGAAAGCGAGACGAUGGCAUGAGUUGCAUGCCCCAGGUGUUCAACUCGCACGAUCCGUAAAUUCGGGUUCGACUCCAUCGAUUCCACCUGCGCGGCGCAGGAUGCGCCCUAUUUUUUCGCGUUUAGGAGAACACCCCGCUCCACCUCGUGAUCAAAUACUAAAAUUGUGUUUUCGCGGAGGACGCGGAGCACCCGGAGCACUAUUGCUCCAAUACGAACAAAUACGAGUUACGUAAUAUCCUGAUUCAGUCAAUGGCAUUUAAAGUUAUAUAGACUUAAAAGGCCUAUUGUGAAUUUUACAUUGACUCGAUACGAGACAAAACUGUGAAUUAACUACGUGUGACCUCGAAGAGGCAUACACUGGAUCAGUAGAUUUAUCGUAUGCUACUAUGACCCUUAUGAAUGGAUCGGAAAACAAUAUAGGGGUGUAAAGAAGAAGAAGACGUAAGCAGUAAGGAAAUCAACAUGUUGGAUUGGCUACUGCUUACAUUAUUGCGUUACGGUCUUCACUCUGAUUGGCCCAUUCGCAUAGUGCUCGUGUCUUACUGCUUAAUUCUUCUUAGUGGACCAUUGCCAUGGAUUUUAUCUCUCUCAUUCCGCAUAAAUCGUUACGGCUACUACUUUAGCGCGAGAUUCUGAACAUCCUUAAGAAUUUAAGCAGAACCAUUACCCCCAAAACAGUGUUGUUAGGCGAGUCACCUUUACGCGCAUGCACAUUGAAAGCGCUGGUGAAAUCCAGUAACGUACGUACACAGAGUGAAAGAGAGGUAUCCUAUAGUUUUGGCGGGAUUCGACCAGGUCUGCCAGCAAGAAAGUUAAUGAGUUACGUCAAAAUAGGGCCUUGCAGAACUUUUGUAAGUUCGACAUUAAUACAGCACUGAUGCCGCAGCCGAACGCGCAAUGCGCAUGCGUCAAAAGGUGACUCGUCCAACACACUGCCCUGAGAAGGUUUAAUGCUGGGUCGCAAGCAAUCGCAAGCUUAAAGUAACGUGCGGUACUGUGACCAUAACAGAGUCGAAAUCCAUACAGAGAAAUUAAAGAAGAACAAGAACAUCCUGUUAAUAUUUUAACAAAAUGGAGGCACUUGUGGAUUUUUGGGAGAAACAUAUUCUUGAAACAAUUUUAUGGAUGAUAUGGCUAUUGAACUUUUGGCAUUAUUAUUUAAAUUUUCGCCAGAGAGCAUUGCUGCAACGUCUGGUUGAUUUACCCAAAUCGAUUGAGGGUUUAAUGAGUAAGGAUACAUAUGAUAAGGCUCGUGCAUAUGCAUUGCACAGAAAUACCUUUGGUACAGUACAGGAUGUAUAUUCUAAGAUUUAUAAUACUUUAAUCCUGAUAUUUUAUGCCUAUUACUAUUUCUGGCAAUGGAGCAUUAAAAUAGCAAAGUAUUAUGAUUUCGACCACAAGAAUGAAAUACUGAUAAGCGCAAUAUGUAUGUUUAUCAUAGGCAUAUUUUCUCACAUAUCCAAUCUGCCGAUAGAAAUAUACGAUACUUUUGUUUUGGAACAGAAACAUGGCUUUAAUAAACAAACAGCUAUGUUUUUUAUUAAGGACGAAAUUAAGAGAUUCCUCGUGACUCAAAUUAUCACUUUACCUCUUUUAUGUGGUAUAAUAUGGGUUGUGCAAAAUGGUGGCGAUUAUUUCUUCUGGUACUUGUGGUUAUUAACUGUGGUAGUAUCGUUAUUCAUGAUAAUUUUGUAUCCAGAAAUAAUUGCGCCAUUAUUUGACAAAUAUACACCAUUGCCUGAGGGUGAAUUAAAGCAAAAGAUCGAAGAAUUGGCAGCUUCCUUGAAAUUUCCUUUGUACAAGCUGUUUGUAGUUGAAGGCUCCAAAAGAUCGUCACACAGCAAUGCCUAUCUGUAUGGUUUUUAUAAAUACAAAAGAAUAGUUCUCUUUGAUACACUCAUCAAGGAUUAUUGUAAAAAAGACAGCAAUGAUGACGACAAAGAAAUUGGUUGUGAAACAAAUGAAAUACUGGCGGUACUCGCACAUGAAUUGGGUCAUUGGAAACAUAAUCAUGCUUUGCUAGGAUUUCUGUUAAGUCAGAUAAUACUUCUAGCCAAUUUUAUUAUGUUUGCCAAACUCUUGCGAUAUACACCAAUGUAUAGCGCUUUUGGCUUCGUCGAUAGUCAGCCCAUCAUUAUCGGUCUAUUUAUUGUAACAAUGUAUAUUUUAAUACCACUGAAUACAAUCUUUAAUUUUAUUAUCGUGGUAAUCAGCCGAAGAUAUGAAUUUCAAGCAGAUCAUUUUGCCACAAAAUUAGGUCACGGCGAGGCUUUAAAAGCAGCUCUUUUAAAAUUACAGAAGGAUAAUUUAGGAUAUCCUUUAUAUGAUAAAUUGUAUUCCUCUUGGAAUCAUUCACAUCCGCCUACCAUCGAACGAUUGGAAGCGAUAGAUAAAACCAAAUAAGGGACGAGUUUUUUUAUUCUACGCGGUUUUCAUAACUUUGAGGGCAUGAAAAAUGAAGCCUGAAGUUUACCGAUACAAAAGCAUUAAUUUUUGUUUACGUUAUUUUAAACAUCGCAUUUUCCUUUUUAUUUUAAUUCUAAUAUCCAGAGUUGAACGGACCUAAAUAAGUCCGAGAUAAUUAUGCUUCCUGUUUAUUGUCAUAAUGUCAAUAUGAUUCUGUUUUUAUUAUAAUAUCUGUUACACUCCGUUCCAGUUGGAUAAACAUUUUUAACAGAGCUUUACUCUCUA